AUAAGCUCCACAGAGGGGACACACAGCCUGCGCCGAUGUGUCUAGUUGUCACUUCAAAUGGACCACAUGCGCGGCAUGGCUUCGGACGGAAGCGCUGACCUCGAGCCGUGCCACGUUAUUCAUGGUUACCUUAUUCCAAAGCUAACCUAUCAUGCUCCGCUUGUUGGACGCAUCGUAGGCUGAUUGCGAGCGUUGCUGAUCUGACAACAACCAUGCCGGACAUGCACUACAGUACGAACGAACUGCCAAAUCAGUGGCGAUAGCGUUGGAUGGUCCGUCACCCGUCAGCGUCAGCAUGAAACGAAUGCGACGUGCGGUGCUAGUCGCCGGACCUUGGAUGACACGGUGGUGAUGUCUCCCUGCCUGUCAGUCGCAUGACGAUGCAACAGUCGCUCCUAUCAGUGCGUUUGCCGAUGCCAGCGUCGCCAUCAUCAGGAAACGUCGAAUUCAUUGCAUCGGUCAAAUCUGGCCGUUGGUUACUACUCUUGGGAGUGACGUACGGAUGUCAUCUCCCUCGGAGGAACAGUGGGUUCGAUUUCACCGCCUCGCUGGGUCGACCACUAGUAUGCCGGUCCAUUUCACCACUUGGCGAUGUUCGCCAGUCGCUUUCGCCAAUCACACACCAGUACCGAAUCGUCGAGCCGCCUCGCUUUGCGGCAUGCAAGGAUCGACAAGCGACCAACAAUUCAUAUACCGCAUGCUCGCUUGCUUCUUCUUUCAACGGUCACCAGGUCACCACUUCUGCAUGCCUGUAUCCAGCACACAAUCUCGUCGUGCGCUCAAUUGAGCCGGUCGAGGGGCCUGACGAAGUCGCAGCGAGCGAUUGAGCGACUCACUCGCUGAUUCCUCCUAGCCCAGCUGGCAGCGAUUGAGGGAGAUUCUCUCUUGCUCGUAGUGAGUCUGACCCCCCUUACCAAGCGCCGUGCGCUGCUCUUGCGGCCUGCAGCACUUGCUCCCUUGGACCGGCUGGUUGCCUCCUGUCUUCCCCCGAGGGAGUCCCUCCACCGCUACCAGGCUCCCCCCCCUCGAUCUGAACGCGCGGACGCGCGGACCACCACGCAACAGCCGGCACCCCUUGCUACUACUAGUGCGUGCCAGAGCUUCCACAUGGCUCCUAACGUCUCCUCUGCUGCGAGUUUCAAUUCUGCCGCUGUUUCCACUGCUGUUUCCACCGCUGGUUCUGCCGCCAGUGCCGCUGCUCCUAUUCCCUCUGCCAAGGCCGUGCCUACGCCACCUGCUGAGAUGCGUGCACCACACGCAACCCGGCUCAAGCUGCUCCCCGGCCCUGCUGACGUGGAUGGCCACCCGCGCAAGUGGUCCCCACCGCCGCCGCAGGAUGGCGUCCCAUUGGACGAGCGCCCCGAGUGGCUGAGGGACGAGGCGGCGCCGUUCCUGGAGCUGUUUGCGCGCAACGUGAGGAAGUUUCCGAGCAAGGCGGCGGUGACAUGGGUGGUUGCGAAGGGGGAGGUGAAGCAGUCGUACACCUAUGAGCAGCUGGAUGCUCUCUCCCGCGCUGUGAGUGCAUCGCUUGUGGGCGAGUGGGGAGCGGCAGAGGGAGACAGAGUGGUGCUGCUGUACCCCCCAGGGCUCGACUUCCUCAUCGCCUUCAUCGGCUGCCUGCGUGCUGGAGUCAUAGCUGUGCCGGUGUACCCCCCCAAUCCCCGCGAGCUGAAGAAGGACGUGGAGAAGCUCACCCGCCUCGUCAACGACUGUGGGGCGCGCAUCGUGCUCUCCACGUCCGAGUACCGCUCCAAGAUCCGCUUGUCGCUGCUGAAGCUGGUUCGCUGGCCGGGCGAGAAGUGGUUCAACACCAACGGCAUUAAGCCGCUGAGUCGAAGGGUGGCUGAGAAUGGCAGCAGCAAUGCUAACGGCACUGAUAGCAGCAGCAGCAGCAGUGAGAUUGCGUUUCUGCAGUACACAUCGGGGUCAACGGCGGAUCCCAAGGGCGUCAUGAUCACCCACACAAACAUCGCCCACAACGUCAUGUUCAUCCGCAGGACCCUUCGCAUGCAUUCGGGCAUUCGCUUCUUCAGCUGGCUGCCUCAGUACCACGACCUGGGGCUGAUUGUUGCCUAUCUCAGUACCCUGACUGCUGGCGGCAGUGGUGUGUACAUGUCGCCCAUUGACUUCAUUCAACGCCCCGCCUCCUGGCUGCAGUGGAUGAGCCGCCUCAAGAUCACGCACACAGCGGCGCCCAACUUUGCUCUCAACCUGGCAACUCGCAAGUUCUCCACAGCUAGAGACGCCUCCCUGCCCGCCCCCUUCCUCUCCGCCUCCCUCCCGCCCUCCUCCUUCCCCACCUCCCCGGACCCAUCUGCAUCCCUCCCCACCGCACUGGACCUCUCGUCGCUGGAGUGUUUCCUGAACGCGGCAGAGCCUGUCCGUCCAGAGGCAAUAGAGCGGUGGAAUGCGGUGCUGGGGCGCUAUGGCUGGGAGGCGUGUGGCAUGUGCCCGUGCUACGGUCUUGCAGAGCAUGUUGUGGGCGUCUCAGGCUGGGGAAGCAAGGUGCUUCAUCUCCCAGACAUCACUCUGCACAGCAGCGGCCAUCUAGCCACCUACCCUCUCGAUGGUCGCAUCGCCAUAGUCAACCCCGAGACCAGGGAGGAGUGCACGGAGGGGGAGGAGGGGGAGAUCUGGGCCCGCAGCUGCCACGUGGCGCGUGGCUACUGGGGCAAGCCUGAGCUGUCAGAGGAGACCUUUCGUGCGCGCAUGAAGGAGGGAGCGCCAGGCUCGGACACCGGGGCGUAUCUGCGCACGGGGGAUCUAGGGCUCGUUAUAGACCAGCAGCUGUUUAUAACGGGGCGGAUUAAAGACCUCAUUAUAGUGGGAGGGAAGAACUACUACCCUCAGGACAUCGAGCUCACUGUGGAGUCUGUCUCCGACAGCAUUCGCCCCGGCUGCUGUGCUGCCUUCAGUGUGAACAAGACAAGCCACACACAGGGGGCAAGCAGCAAUGGAGAGGGAGAGAAGGGGGAGAAGGGGGAGGGAGAGCAGGGAGAGGAGGAGGAGGUGGUGGCAGUGGUGGUCGAGGUGAAGGCAGUGGCAAAGGAGGGGUGGUGGAAGGGAGGGGGAGGAGGGGGGGGAGUGGAGGGGGGAUUGACAAAGCAGCAGAUGAAUGAGUUGGCUGGGGAGAUUCGCAGUGCCGUGGUGAGGGCGCAUGGCGUUGCGCCUGCUAUUGUGGCUAUCAUCCUCCCCCGCACGAUCCCCAAGACCACGAGUGGCAAGAUUCGCCGCAAGGAAACGAGCCACCGACUCACUACAGGGGGUCUCACUGUGCUGAAUAGUAACUCGCACAUAGAGGGAGGAGCAGGGGAGACCAUUGAGAGUCUGCACUCCAUUCCCGAUGCUGCUGGGGCGAACGGGGUGGGGGAGGAGGUGGUGAUUGGAGAAGGGGAGGAGGGGAGCAGGGAGAGGAUGCAGGGAAGCAGCAACGAGGGAAAAGCGGAGGAAGGGGAGGCAGGGGAGGAAGGGGAGGAAGGGGAGGAAGGGGAGGAAGGGGAGGAAGGAACAAAGAAAGUGGAGGGAGAAAGGAAGGUGGACGAUGAAGCUGCCAAGGAAGCUGCUGAGGAAGCUGCCAGGGAAGCUGCCAAGGAACCUGUCGAAAGGGCAGAGGAAGGUGAAGUGGAGGGGCGGAAGGAGGCAGAGAGGGAGUCAGUGGUGACGUCAGAGGGAGCAGAAGGGUCGGAAGUUAUGGCAGUAGAGGCAACAACAGUAGCAGGAGAGCGGGAAGUGGGCGGAGAUGCUGCUGCUGGUGCUCCUGCUGCUGGUGCUGCUGCUGCUGAUACUGAUGAAGAUGACACUGGCGUUGCCAAGUGGGAUGGCAUGAGUGCGGAAUCGGCUGUGAAGGCAAUCAUGGGCAUCCAUGACCUGCCGAUAGCAGGGGAGCCGCUCCUGGCUGACAUUGGUCUCACGUCGAUGAAUGGCAUGGAGGUGCUUGAGCUCCUGGAGCGGCGCUCUGGCCGCAGACUUGUAGUCGAUGACAUGGAGCGGCUUACCAUUGGUCAUCUGCGCCAGCUGGAUCAGGGCAUUCCUCUCCCAGACAACUUUGAGAGUGAUGACGAGGAUGAGGAUGAGGAGGAUGAUUGAAUAGAUCAACGUGAAGAAUUCGUUAGGUGAUAUGCGUAAUUCUUCUCACAGUAUCCAUAUUAUGUACAUGGCAAACUUUAUGGGAAGCAUCCAUUCCAUCCAGGGUUCUAAAGUCAGGCCAAAAAGGUCUGAAUCUCAGAGUAACAGAUUGCCUAGAAUUAUGGGGUACAAGGGAAUAUAACCUAAGGUGUUGU